AUGAGAUUAAACUCUAAACAUAAAACUAGCAGGUCAUUUAUUAAUUUUAUGACCCCAAAAAUUCAAGUUGAUGAGGUUGUUAUUGACACUCAACCAAUAGAAGAAGAACCAACCCGGCCAACCGUUGUUAUUACUACUGAUGUUGGCUCAACGCCUCCAGAACUACCCGAGAAAUCUCAUAAAGAUGUAUUAAUAUCAGAAGCAAGAAUUUCUGCUAAAAAAUGUUUUGAAGAAGACGAGUCUUUUAUAAGAAAAGAAUUAAUAGCUGAAUUCUUGGGCGGAAACAAAAAAUUAAAUUCCUUGGCUUUAAAAUUUUAUAUGGACUAUUUUGAUUUCUCCAAUCUACGAUUAGAUGUAGCAUUUCGACAUUUAUGUGGUAAGUUAUAUAUAAAAGGUGAAACUCAACAAGUAGAUCGCAUAUUGGAACGAUUUUCGAUACGUUAUUGGGAAUGUAAUCCAAAAUCUGCUUAUGGCAGUUCUGUGACCAGCAAAAUGUCAAGAUCUCAAUUUAUUAGAAACACAAUGUCAACUGUUCAUGCACAAGCAAAUCUAUCGGCACAAAAUAACAAUAGUGUUAGAGGGUCCUAUGAGGAUGAUUGUAAUUCAUUAUUAUCUUUAUCAUCAUAUAAACAAGGCAAUAAUGCGCUUGCAUUGCAACGUAGCAUUAGCAAAAUAAGUCGUCCUAAUACAAGAUUGGCUGCACUUAAAAAAGGUAUAGCUUCAAAUAUUAGUUCUAAAGAGAAUAAUAGUCAUCAUAGUAAUAAAGAUUCCUCCAAGAAUACAAAACUUUCUCCAAGUCCAAGUUUUGCUAGUGGAAGCAGUGGUGAUAUGAACAAUAGUAGAAAUAGUUUAUAUCGUUCAAAUAGUUCACAAACUUUACCAACAACCUUAUCCUCGUUUUCAUUAAGACAUGCAUCAUCAUCAGAAACAGUUUUCACCUCCACAAUAGCAGAAUCAGCAGACGAAGUUUCUGACUCGGUUUCAACAAAUGAAUCAUUAGAAUUGUAUUUAUCAGGUGCACCAUAUGCAAAAGAAGGUUUAUUGUUUAGGAAACAUUUUUGGGAAUCAUCAAACAAAAGAUCAAAAGAUAAGAAUUGGAAAGAAUGUUUUGUUGUUGUGGAGAAGGGAGAGUUGAGACUUUAUAAAUUUGAUUCACAUGGUUCUAAUAGUUCUGCUGGGGUUGGUGCCAUGGGUGGUGGAAAUUGGAUGGAAAAUGCAACAGCAUUGGGCGAAAUAAAUCUAUGUCAUACAAUAACAAAUUCACUUCCACCACCAGGUUACAAUAGGUCACGUCCACAUGUUUUUGCAUUGUCAAUACCAAACGGUGGACUAUACUUUUUCCAGGCUGGUACAGCUGAACUUGUUGAGGAAUGGGUGUCUACAUGUAAUUAUUGGGCAGCUCGUACAAGCAAGGAACCGUUGACAGGCGGUGUUAGUAAUAUAGAGUAUGGAUGGGGUAGAUGUUUGGCAUUGGACGAUGAUGACAAUAAUAUUAAUGACGAUAAUAAAAGUAUUAUGAGUGACAUGCGAAGUACUAUCAGCUUUAAUUCUAUGAUGCAUCCUAAUUCUGGCGCUAGUCAUAAUAAAAUUUUUAUUCAUGAGUGGAAACCACCGUUACCACCUGGCGUUUCGAGCGUUUUAGAUGAGGAUUCACAACUUGCAGCUCUUAAAAAAUAUAGGGCCGAUCUUGAAAAUGAUUUAGAAGAACAUAAAAAUUAUUGGGAACCAAUGUCCAAAUUGUUCACACCACGAUCAACAAAUAAUUCAAAAGCUUUUACAAAUUGGGAAAAGAAAUCACAAUGGCUGUUGUAUGAAAUAAUCAAAUACAGCACUUAUAUUGAAAGUCUUGAGAAUUCUAUAUCAUUAAAACUACGAAGACGAAAAGAAAAAGAAUCGCCAUCACCAUUAUUACCCGGUAAAAUUUCAAGUGAAGAAGAAAUUAAAAAGGAGCAAUCAAGGGCAGAGUUUAGAGCUAGGGCACGUAAAUCUGUUCAAAUGUUACAUAGAGCUACGUGGACACCUGGUGAUGGGUUUUCAUUAAGCUUACCUAAAGAAUUGCUGUUUGGUGAUGCAUUAGAUGAUGGUAUUGGAGGCAAUGGUAAUAAGGGUGAUAGUAAUGGCAGUCUAUCGGACAAUGGACCAGAUCGCUGCCAAAAAGGUACAUCGUAUCCAACGCUUGAAAUGAGGGGAGUUGUCGAGGAGGAAACAAAAUUAGGCAAUAUAAGAGAUUCGGAUUAUGGGCUUGGGUAUAAAUGGGUCGACAGAUUUGGAUAG